AUCGCAGGACUGGAAAGGGACACGAAAAGGGGAUGAUACCCUGGGCUGGGUAUUUGAGUAGUAUAAUCGUGAAGCGGUCUUUUAACUACAGCAGACAUCUCGGUUCACAUAUGCCGGUGGUGCUGGAGCGAUGAACAGGCAGUUCGCCUAUCCCAAGGGCUACAGUGCCUAUCCUCGUGGAGGAGGCGGGACCUUCUCUAUAUCACCUCAUAGAUUUCAACCACGUUCACAACCAGCUUUAUUGCGCAGACGACAGCUCCUGAUCAAAUUAUGCGCCGUUGCCGGACUUUCACUCCUCGUCUUAUUCUUCCUCGUCCCGUCAUGGCGCGCCGUCAUCCUUCCGACAGUGUCGCUCGGCUUGUUCUCUACGACGCAUGACGAUCUUUCGCUAGAAACCGUUCGCUACUAUGACCUUUCUGAUGUACAAGGCACCGCAAUGGGAUGGCACCGGGAAGAACGGGUUCUCAUGUGCACUCCGCUACGUGAUGCGCAAGCUCAUCUACCGAUGUUCUUCUCGCAUUUGCGCAAUCUGACAUACCCGCAUCAUCUGAUCGACUUGGCCUUCCUCGUGUCCGAUUCAAAAGAUAACACCCUUUCUUUACUCUCGUCACUACUCACCGAGCUUCAGAAUGAUGAGGACCCUAAGAUGCCGUUUGGAGAGAUCUCGGUUAUUGAGAAGGAUUUUGGACAGCAAGUUAAUCAAGAUGUUGAGAGUCGGCACGGGUUCGCGGCGCAGGCUAGUAGACGGAAGCUGAUGGCUCAAGCACGGAACUGGCUUCUUAGUGCUACACUGCGACCAACUCAUAGCUGGGUAUAUUGGCGAGAUGCGGAUGUGGAGACAGCUCCGUUUACUAUAUUGGAGGAUCUGAUGCGGCACAACAAAGACGUCAUCGUUCCGAAUGUCUGGCGACCUCUUCCCGACUGGCUCGGUGGAGAACAACCAUAUGAUUUAAACUCAUGGCAAGAAUCCGAGACAGCUCUUGCCUUGGCGGAUAGUCUCGACGAAGACGCUGUGAUUGUGGAAGGCUACGCCGAGUAUGCGACCUGGAGACCGCAUUUGGCGUACCUUAGGGAUCCGUAUGGGGACCCGGAUAUGGAACUCGAAAUCGACGGAGUGGGCGGUGUCAGUAUUCUGGCCAAGGCCAAGGUGUUCCGGUCAGGCGUUCAUUUCCCGGCCUUUAGCUUUGAGAAACAUGCAGAAACGGAAGCAUUUGGCAAGAUGGCUAAGCGCAUGAAAUACUCCGUCGUCGGCCUUCCGCAUUAUACAAUCUGGCAUCUCUACGAGCCUAGCGUCGACGACCUCCGCCACAUGGAAGAAAUGGAACAAGAGAGAAAACAACGCGAAGCCAAAGAAAGAGAAGAAAAGGCCGAAGCGGAACGACAGCAAAAACUAAAAGACCGAUUCAAAGACUCCAAAGAUGAAUGGGAAAAGGACGGAGCUGAGGUCAAGAAGAAUAUAGACAAAACAGAAGAAACACAAGAGAAGAAGUCAGGAAAGGGAGCAGCAGUAGCAGCCAGAAGAGAAGAAGAUAUAGGAGCUGGGAAACCCGCUGUGCCUGCAAAGGGCGAGAACGAAGCUGCUGCUGCUCCUCCCCAGAAGGAGACGAAACCCGCCUCACAAAAGGAGAAGACUCGACAAAAUUCUUCGAGCGGCAAAAACGAAAAACUACAAUGAUAGAUAUGGAUUUGUACGGAGCGUAUCUGGAUAGGCAUUCUAGGCGAAAAUAAUUUUUUUGUUUGGUUU